AUGCCUGUGCAGGGGAGGGUGCCGCCGGGGAGGGAGAGGGCAAGGGUGGUGGCGUUUCUGAGAGAGAUGCAGACGGCGGGGGAGGCGGAGGAGGGAGAGGCGAAAGGGCAGGGGCAUAAGCGUACUGAUGGGGAGGCGAAUGGGCGCUGCAACGAUUGCGUGUGCGGCGAGGCGCACGGACAGGGCAUCUCUGUUCAGACGACCAGUGGGUUCGAGAAUGAGUUCGAGUGGGUGGGGGUCGCUGUGGGCUGUAUACUCGAUCAGAAGCUCAUCAGUGGAGAUCUGGGGUUUGAUCUCAAGUGGCAGAGUGCCACGGUGCACGGCACGGGGAAGGAGCGGUUCGCGGUUACGAGUCUGGCCAGGGUCGGCGAGGUGGUUGCGAGAGUGGUGGAGCGCUGGGAGCUGGUCAAGAACCAGUAUCUGUACGCUGCGGGAUGCAUCACGACUGCAGAUGAGAUCUUGGGGUGUUUGGAGAAGGCGAUGGGCAAGCGGUGGACUGUCGGCCAUGUGGAAACAGAGCAGUGCGUGAGGGAAGGAGAGCAGCGGAUACGCUCGGGAUUCCCGGACGCUGGCAUGUUCCUCAUUGAGCGGAGUGUGCUGUAUGAUGAGGAGCUCGGGGCAGUCAAGGCUUUCGAGGAGAAGGAUGCGAAGAGCGCGCUUGAUCUGAAAGCAGAGGACCUCGACCAUUUGGUCAGCCAUGCAGUGCACGACUUUGAGCAUCAUGGCAAAGCCGACUGUGGGUGCGGCUAG